AUGGACAAGAAAAGACGCCAAGGGAAACAAAGAAGUAGUGAGUUCAAAUACGAAAACAAAUGGAUGAAAAAAAUUGUUGCACCUUCGAAGUUAUUUGCUCCUCCCUCUCAUGCCGUUCUUUCGACAAGAUCACGUUGUGUUUUUGUGGCCAAUCCCUUAACGGUUCACUCUCUGUUAGGUAUUGAUAGUGAGGUGCCUACCAUCCCGUUUAGCGGUCAUGUGGAUUGUUUGCGUCUUAGCGCAGAUGAAAGAAACAUUGGAAUCGCCUCAAAUGACCUCAUCAAACUCGUGGAUUUGACAAGAGGUCGCGAAAUCCGCAACCUCUCUGGACAUUCAUUAGCGGUGCGAGCACUUACUCCUCGAUGGAGUAGUGUCUAUUCGUGGGUUUCUGGCUCACUCGAUUCUUCGUGGAUAAUUUGGGAUAGCCGUUCACAUCCCGCUAAUAUCCUACAAGGAAGAACAACUGGUCCUGUACGAUGCGUAGAACUAAGUCCGGAUGAUAUAAUUCUUGCUGUUGGGACAGACUCCACAUUGCAGCUAUUUGAUAUACGUCAGAGAUGUAGUCUCAAACAAUUUCCUUCAUCUACUCAUGGUGCAACGUUCCACCCCUCUCAACGUAUGGUAGCCACAUACGGACCUGAACGAGUGGUUCGAUACUGGUGCUUGGAUGAGUUCAUCUCCAUCGCCAUGUCCGAUGUGUUCGCCUCGGAGAUUCGCUGUGCGCGAUUUGUUUCACCGUCAUGUCCUGGCAUUGAUCCAGUACUGGUAGCAUCCACUGAUGAAUUUAUGAAAACGCUAACUUCUGAGCCAUGUGAAACGUUGUCAACCAAUAACAUCGGUGAAUCGAAGAAGGUACUCAACAUGCAUACUACCGCUGAUGGAGUUGGCGUAGUCUGCUGUGACACCAAUUCUGCUGUAUCGUAUGCUGUUUUCUCUAUGGAGGAGGUUCUUUGUGGACCUGGAUCAGUAGCCCCUGAUUUUUCCGAGGAUGAGGAUGAAUCUCUGUCGGAUGGGAUGACUUCGCUUAUGCAUCGUGAAGAUUCGUCGGCUCCCGCACCUUUUCACCUGCAAACUGCAUCUUCUGCGCACAUGUCUCGUGUGGAUGAUUCGGCAUCAGUUGGGAAUGUUCGAGCCAACUCGAUUCCAGUGCGAUCUACCUCUUCUGGAAGGAACACACCUGCUCCUGUGAGGUUCCGUCCGCAGGUUGAUGUUAGCGAAAGACGGACGCAUUCGGAAAGAAGUUUGGCUACUCGUCCUCGUAGCCCAUCAAUGCCAACUGUGCAUACGACAGCUGAGGCCUGGAGAGAAUCUCGAGUUACAAGUAGAAGUAUUUCCCCCGCAAACGGGAUCACCGUAAAAGAAGCACCGAACUCUGCGCCACGUUCGCUAGAGAAAACAUCUCGUCCAGCAGGUGGAAGGCCUCCGCGCGAACUCCGACGGACUGUUCACCCAAUGAAUUCCAAUGAUGGUGGGAUCUCUUCUCAGCAGAAGAACUCACCCAAUGGACUUUCACUCUGCGAUUUCGUCGCUAAAACAGAGAAGGAACACUACAUGGCUGUUAUGCAAGCAGAAAAAACUGCACUAGGAGUUCAACAACUAGUGGCGUCGCUGAAACAUGGAGGUGUUUCUGCUAUGCUGAAAGAUGGAAUUUUCGCAGACGAGUUAGCUGUUACCGCUAUGUUACGAAUGCUCAAUGAAAAGAAACGAUGGGAUAUCAACAUUUGUAAUAGUUACUUGGGAAAACUUAAAGAACUUUUAUUCGACAACACAUUGCCAAGCUCAUGUCGUCAAGUUGCGUUAUCAUCUUUGCAAUGCAUCGCUACUGGUCUUGUUGACUCGCUCAGGAAUUGUGCUCGUGCUCCUCUCAGCACUAUCGGUGUAGAUGUGGCAGCUGAAGAGCGAAAGGCAAAGGCUGAGAAUUGUCUCAAGGAGCUGAGAGACCUCCGAGACAGACGCGAACAGUUCUAUCGAAGGCUCUCUCAAGAAGAUAUUUACAGAUUAGACGCUAUAAUGGUAUUUUUGAAACCAUUGUAA